CGCGUGAUGCUGCUGACGCAGCUUGAUGAUGGCGUUCGGCGCGGCGGCUUGAAGCUGGCGAGUGACGCUGGAGCGUGGCGGGGGCUGUUAGGGCGGUUGUGUGGCCGCUUGCCGCAGCGGGGUCCCCUCUGCGGAGAAGGCAUGGCGGCCCUGCCCUUGCAGCAGCCCAGCUAUUUGCUGGCUCUUCUUAAAGCGGAUGGUACAAAUAAGUCUCUCUUUCAGAGAUGUCACGAAUUGUCCAAGGUGAUAGAAGAUUAUUCGCCCAAGGAACUCCAUUUGAUUUUCCCCUGGCUAAUGGAGAGUGUGUUUGGCAACCAGGAUGGGAGUGUUCCUGGUUGGAGCUUACGGUAUUUGCAGAGUCGUUUGAAUCCAAGUGAAUACGCUGCUGUGGUUGAUUUUUUAGAUCCCAGUGGCCCAAUGAUGAAGUUAGUUUACAAACUUCAGGCUGAAGAUUUUAAGUAUGAAUUCCCAGUCUCGUAUCUUCCUAGUCCUGUGAAGGCUUCAAUCCAAGACGGUGUUCUACCUGACUUUCCACUGUAUCAUAACAAGCUGCAGUUUCCUCUCUCAGGACUGACCAACCUCAGCCUCUCACUCAGUAUCCUUUGACUCAAGUAUAUGUGGAGCUGAAA